CGCUUUGGGCUCCUGUUCACCAGCCUCCCUGCAUUCUCAGCCAGGUGCAGGGGUAAGCAAGGCAGCUCCGGUAAAGCCACGGGAGGGGGGCAGCCACGGCCACCGACGCAAGAGGAGAGAAGGGAACGAGAGAAGGCGAAGGUGCGGAGUGAGAGAAAGAGGAGCCACUUGCCCACGUCAGAAAAUUACCUGGCCACUUAAUCCCCGAGACUCUGGUACUUGGGCCCCAGUCUUGGUGCCCAGACCCCCGGCCUGCCGAGCGCCCACUUAUCCCCGCCCUUCCCGCCCCGCUCGCUCCCCGGGGCCGCCUGGGUGCUAGGACGGGCAUGAUCAGCUGAACUUUUCAGGGUCAGCUCUUCUCUCUGGCUUCCCCUCAGCGGCGCCGAGGCGAGGGGAGCGCAGAGCUCCGGCUGAGGACCCACAGAUAGACAGACAGACAGACAGACGGCCAGCCUCGCUCAGACUCGCCCACAGCCCCUGCACUCCCCACUCCCGCCCGCCCAGCCGCCGGGACCAUGUCCAAACCCUCAGACCACAUCAAGCGGCCCAUGAAUGCCUUCAUGGUAUGGUCCCGGGGCCAGCGGCGCAAGAUGGCCCAGGAAAACCCUAAGAUGCACAACUCAGAGAUCAGCAAACGCCUUGGCGCCGAAUGGAAGCUUCUAUCUGAGGCAGAGAAGCGGCCCUACAUCGACGAAGCCAAAAGACUGCGCGCCCAGCACAUGAAGGAGCACCCCGACUACAAGUACCGGCCCCGGCGCAAGCCCAAGAACCUGCUCAAGAAGGACAGGUAUGUCUUCCCCCUGCCCUACCUGGGCGACACGGACCCGCUCAAGGCGGCCGGCCUGCCCGUGGGGGCUUCCGACGGCCUCCUGAGCGCGCCCGAGAAAGCUCGGGCCUUCUUGCCGCCGGCCUCGGCGCCCUACUCCCUGCUGGACCCCGCGCAGUUUAGCUCGAGUGCCAUCCAGAAGAUGGGUGAAGUGCCCCACACCUUGGCCACCAGCGCGCUGCCCUACGCGUCCUCCCUGGGCUACCAGAACGGCGCCUUCGGCAGCCUCAGCUGCCCCAGCCAGCACACGCACACGCACCCGUCCCCAACCAACCCGGGCUACGUGGUGCCCUGUAACUGUACCGCCUGGUCUGCCUCCACCCUGCAGCCCCCGGUCGCCUACAUCCUCUUCCCAGGCAUGACCAAGACUGGCAUAGACCCUUAUUCUUCAGCCCACGCCACGGCCAUGUAACCCACAGCCUGGCCCGGACCUGAAGGGUGUCCUGGAAGUGGGGUCUGCACCCUGUCUUCUGCGCCUACCCCUGGCCUGCAGAUGCCUCUGGGUCAGCCCUGCUGCUGUCCCAUACCCCACCCCAGACUCUGCCUCUCUCUUCCACAGGGAAGGGAGGGACUCCUCCCCGACCCAAGGCGCAGACAGGUGACAGAAACUUGAGCAAAUGCUAUGACAGCUACACAGCUGCCCCUGUCCCAACUCACCCAAAACAAAUCUCUGACUUACCCCCUUUGGACAAAAAAGUAGGCAGUUUUGCUUUAUUUAUGUGCCCUUCACUCUUCUCCGAUAGGCUGUGGACUUGGAACUCCAGAUCCUUACAUUAUAUCUAGAAAAUGCAUAUUUUUUUUCUUUUGCCCCCUGAAGAAAAGAAAUAGCUGUGUCUCUGUGUUUUGUCAUCAGACACAAGUAGGCACCAUUUGCUCUUUAUGUAUGUGUGUGGGGAAAGGUUUGAAAGUUUAAAACUACAGAAAGAAACAUUUCUAUUUAAAACCAUGCUAUGAUAGUGUUUGCUUCUUUAAAAGGAAAACAAAAAAGGACCCACAUGGUUAUUUACUUUGUGUAAAGCAGUUCUCCUAGAGACCUAAGUUUACUUUUAGACAGAAUGUCGGGUUAUGAAGUCAGGAAGUAGAAAGU